AUGGAGGUUGCAAAGGUUAGCAUGCUUAACGAUCUUAAUACAUUCUCAAACAACUAUUCGAUUAGAGUGAAGAUUGUUAGCAUUUCGAAGAAGAUGAUGAAUAAUAACAAAAAUGAAAUAUAUCGUCUUGAUAUGAUCUUCAUGGAUGAGAUGGGAACUAUGAUUCAAGCCAGCUGUUUGCAUAAGAUGUUAGGAAAAUUCAAGGAAUUUCUUCACUUAGAUGAAUGUCUUCUUAUCACCAAACCUUCUCUUGCUACUAAUAAGUCCUCUGCUAAGUAUACCAAGAGAAAUGACAAAAUAUCACUGUAUUUCUAUACUUCUGUUGAGAAAUGCUUUGACUGGUCUGGACCGAAAUACCGUUUUAAUUUCGUUAACCUCAAGGAUGUUGUUAAAAAUAAAUUUGAAGUUAAUACAGUUAUUGAUUGGAUUGGUUAUGUGGAUGUAUGUUUCAAUCUAGAGGAUACGUCAAAGAAGGAUGGGAGCAAGGGCAAGAGACUUAAUCUUAGACUUGAAGACAUUGAAGGCCAAAAGUGUCCGGUUACUUUGUGGGAUGGUUUUGCUAUUGACAUGUUUGCUUACAUGAAUGAUAAGAAACGAGAGAAAUAUGUUGUUAUCCUUUGUCAUUUUGGUAUGGUCAACCAUUACAAAGGCAAGCGUGGUGUUGCAAACGGCUUUGAGCUAAGCAGACUUUUUAUUGACACAGACAUUGAAGAGAUAUCCUCUUUUAGGAAGAGGUAUGUAGAGAAAAUUUCCACUUCAUCAAAUGAUCAUGUUGGUUCAAUCGUUAUCUCAAGUGUUCAAGACGAGUUUCUUAAUAACCCUGAUUUCAUGCUUAUUGGUUUCCUUGGAACCAUAUCAACGACAAAGAAGGUUUUGGUUGUUGAAACAAUUACAGCUAUAUGCACUGAUAAACUUUGGUAUUACAAUGGUUGUAACCACUGUAAGUCAGGUGUGGAGGAAAGAUUUGUAACAAAAGAAAAUCCGGAUGGUUCAUCUGAUGUUUAUCAUGAAAAAUCGUUGGUGUGUACAAAUGAUAAAUGUGAAGGAGUCGACAUCUAUUCUAUUCCCCGGUUCAAGAUACCUAUUAGGGUGCAAGACUCUCCCGAUACUGUGUCUUUGACACUGUUUGAUUUUGAACCUUACAAGAUUCUUCAGAAAACUGCCAAAGAGUUAGUUUCAAUUCAAGAUCAGGUUGUUAAUUCUAGAGAGAUACCGAACUCAUAUCCUGAGAUGUUUGACACAUUGAUUGGAAAGAGGUAUGCUUUCAUCAUAAGUGUUAAAGACUAUAACAUUGAGCAUCAGUUUGAAAACUAUGGUAUUUCAAUGGCCACUAACGAUGAUGAGAUCCUUUCCGCGCUCUGCGCCAAAUUCAAUCUUAACCAGCAUGAGCAGUCCGAAUCGUUGGAUGUUCCAGAUUCCUGCAGUUUGUCCACUCUUAUUGACCUUAUGAAGGAUGAGAUGUCAUACUGCGGUGACAAUGUUACACCUGCAUCCCAAGCACUUGUAGGCACUGAGAAUCCGUCUUCUGAUGAAACAAAACGUAAUAUUCGUGAAGUGUUAGAUGUGGAUGAUGCAUUAGGUUGCUCCUCAACAAAGGGCCGCAUUAGUGAUGAACUCUCUCAGGAUGAAGAUGCUAGUGUUUCAACGCUUUUGAUUCCAAAGAUUGAGAAAUAG